UCGACGCGUGCGCACGUGUGCGCCGUCGCAUGCUCGCACUAUUGAUAAUUACGAACUCUGCUGAAACUGAUAAGAAGUUACUUUGUCUUUUACUUUGAUUAAUUUGUGUGAAUCUGUGAACUGUGUUUUGUGUGUGUUUUUUAAAUUAAGUCAUUUCCAAAUCUAUUAUCGUUUAAAAAAGGUUCUAUAGUAGGCCUUCCGAAAGACUUAUUUACGUGAUUGCUGCCAGUACGAUGGAGUACCACAGACAUAUGGAAGCUGCUCAUCAGCAAAAUCAGCCGAGCCAGUGGAAUUAUGGCUGGGGACCUCCAGUGCCUGCGCCUCCAGCACCUACCUUAGCUCCUGCGCCGGCUCAAAGGAACAAAAGGACACACUCUGAAAGCGAAGAUGAUGCCUUUUCAGAGGAAAGCAGCAAGGAUGCUACAUCCCAAGGCGGUGAUUCCUGUCAGUUGAUGACACGGAAACGCAGACGAGGUGUCAUAGAAAAGAAGAGAAGAGACAGGAUAAACACUUCAUUGACAGAACUAAAGAGACUUGUACCUGCUGCAUGUGAGAAACAGGGCUCUGCAAAACUUGAAAAGGCCGAAAUCCUACAACUGACCGUCGACCAUCUGAAGAUGCUUCAUGCUAAAGGUCUCGAUACUCUCGCAUAUGACCCUCAGAGAUACGCCAUGGAUUACCACAGUAUUGGCUUCAGAGAAUGUGCAGCCGAAGUAGCGAGGUAUCUGGUUAGUUGCGAGGGCCUGGACAUCCAGGACCCGUUACGGCUUCGACUCAUGAGCCACCUACAAUGCUUUGCUGCUCAGAGGGAGUUAGCAGCUAAGUCCGCGAACUGGGGAUACCCACAAUACCCUCCUGUACAACAUAGUGGAUUUGGCCAGGAACCUUCAACGUCCACAGCGUCCAUUGCUCCCACAGCAGUUGCGGCCCCUCUCUCAGCGGCUCCAUCUUACCCUCACUACCCUCCCGCUCCACCGGCCCCAACGGGACCACCAGCGCCCCCUGGUCCCCACCCGGCACCAACAGCACCGCAUUACCCCGCCCCGUACCCCCAUCACCCGCCACAUCACCAAUAUUCACAGAACAGCUCAAAGCCGUAUAGGCCAUGGGGGGCCGAAUUAGCAUAUUAGGAUAUGAUAAGAAAGAACAAAUAAAUGAGCGAAAAAGUGUGAUUUGGUGAUGUUUUUUUGAAGGCUUUAAAAACUAGUCGAAGGCUAAUCUGUAAAAUUGUAAGUCAACCAUUUUAUUUUUAAUGGUAGAUACUAAAAUAUCUAAAGAAUGUGCAUCUCAUGUAUAUUUGGAAUUACCAGAACGACUGAUGUAAGUUAAUGAUUUAAUAGCGAAUUGUGAUUCUAUUGUAAAAUUUACAAUGCUUUGAUACAAUUUACAAUUCAUGGUAAGAAUAUAUUCAUUAUGUAAGUAGAGUAAAACUUAUAAACUAUGAAAUCAAAUGCAGUUUGUAUUUUCCUAGUAUCAUUAUAUGUACACGGAAAUACCAAGAUUUCUAAACUAAUUUCAUGAAUAGCGGUUUCUAACCACAUUCAAUAUAGCAUUGUUUAUAACAUUUACUUACGAAUCCUCGUCAAUACAAGUCAAAAAACAGUAGGAAAAAUAUUUAUCAAAAAAUU